UACCAUCCAUAUUUGCAAUUUAUCCACAAACACAACCAUGGCUGAUAAUUCAAAAGAAGAUCACAUGAAACUAGCUCUAGAAGCAUUUAAAAAAGGCCUUUUUCCAUCAGGAAAUGCAGCAGCAAAGGCAUAUGAUGUGCCUCUCUCUACCUUUAAGUCUCAAGUCAAAGGAACCACAUGCUGCAAGGAAUCAGUUGCCAUAUCACUGAAAAUUGACACCUACUGAAGAAAAGACAUUCUCAUAAUGGAUUAUUGAUAUGGGCCAGCAUGGCCUACCUCUACAAAUCUCCACUGUACGCUAUUUGGCACAGUUAUUACUGUCUGCACGGCUAUCCUCCCAGACUGCCUAUGUGGGCGAGUGUUGGGUGACUCACAUGCCAAAUGUGAAGAUCCAGAGCUUAUUAUGGGGUACCCAGUAUAAGCACUUCCGUGAUGCUAUUGAAAAAUAUGGAAUUCUUGAGCAAGAUAUCUACAAUAUGGAUGAAACCGGAUUUCGGAUGGGCAUGACAUCCACAGCCAAAGUUAUAUGUGGUUCAGAGACUCAGGCAAGCAAUGCCAAAGCCUUACAGCCUGGGAAUCGUGAAUGGAGAUAUUGCAUGCUGAUUUUGGAUGGCCAUAGCAGCCAUGCCACUGCAGAAUUCAACAGAUUUUGUACUGAAAUGAAUAUUAUUCCUUUAUAUAUGCCCAUGCCAAAUCUAUCCAGCCUGGAAAUCAUGAGUUGAUUACUAUAAUAAUCACCAUAAAUGCCUCUGGAUCUGUUCUACCCCCGCAGAUUAUUUUGGCCGGGAAAAAGCAUCAAUCUCAGUGGUAUUCAGCUAUUCCAAAGGAAUACAAAAUCAGCAUGAGUGAUAAUGGCUGGAAAAAUGAUAAUUUGGGAUUUGAAUGGCUUCAAGA